AUGGCGGCGAGGAAGAAGAUACAAGACGCUGUUACCGAUGACGAUGACCUCAAGUACGAAACCUGGGCUCCAAUCAUGAAGGCGACGCUAACGGAGGUAGGACUCUGGGACGUGGUCGAGAACGGAGUACCGCCAGAUCCGUCGAAGAUUCCAGAGCUAGCGGCGACGAUCCAAGCCCCAGAGCUUUCGAAAUGGAGAAACCUCGCGAUUAAAGACAUGAAGGCGCUCAAGAUAAUGCAAUCUUCUCUCCCCGAUUUCACCUUCAGGAGGACUCUCCCAGCUUCCUCCGCCAAGGAGCUUUGGGAUCUGCUUAAGAAAGGUAACGAUGAAGCGAAGCUUCGUAGGUUAGAGAGAGACUUCGAAGAGAUUAGGAUGAAUGAGGGAGAAACGAUCGAUUCGUACCUAGAUAGAGUUAUGGAUAUCGUCGAACAGUUGGAGAAAUCCGAUUACGAGGUUAUCACGAAGGUCUUAGGCUCGCUCUCGGUGUCGUAUGAAUGUGUAGCUUCGCUGAUGAAGAAGCGCAUUAAUCUGAAGAAGACGAGUCUUGUUGAUUUUCUUGAGUUUCUUUACCGGUUUGGAUCGUUACCAGGGAGAACCGUCGGUUUGAUGAUGAAGGAUCAGUUUGAUUCGCAAUCUAAACCGAGAAAAGGUGUCGUAGCUGAGUACGAAUUGUUAGCGCUAACCGUUGGAGAUUUCAGAUAUGACGAGGAUAUGUGGAUGAUAUACACGGGUACCACGAAUCACAUGACUCCGUAUCUGAAGUUCUUCACCGCUCUCGACAGAACACACAGGGCUCGGGUGAAACUGGCUGACGGAUCGUUCAUCAUGGCGGAAGGGAGAGGAGACGUGAAGAUCAUGACCGAGGAAGGAGGGGAGAAGAAGACGGUCAAGAACGUGCUUUUUGUUCCGGAGAUCAACAGAAACGUGCUGAGUGUUCCUCAGUUCACAUCGAUUGGCUAUUCAGCGAUCAUGGAAGGAAACAACGGGGUUCUCAAGUUUACUAUUAAGGAUCCGAGUAGGAAACUGUUUGGUGAAGCCAUGUUGGAAGAGAGAGGAUUCUUUCUGCGUUUCCAAGUGAUUGAAGGUGAUCUUACUACCCCUUAA